CGCGGGAGCACGCACUUUCUGUUUUGUUACGUUUCGUUACGUCAAUAGUUUCGUUGUGUCAGUUUUGUCACGGAAAGUGGGUUUUUUUGGUUACGAGUGAUCCUGUGACAAGAUUAUGUGUGUCUAGUUGAAUUUAGAUUAUUUAUUAAUAAUUUUGAAAUUAGUAUGUGUGCGUCUAACUAGUUUGAAGUGUGUUGUUUCUUGUUGGAUUUAAGUGAUAUGGGAUUUUGAUUGGAUUACUUAAUUGAAACCCGAAGAUGUCCGCCGCGGGGGUGGUAAACAAGGCCUUUGACGCAGGCGACGAUGGCUUCCAAACCAUCGACCUGCGACCGCGCCGAGAGGACGCACAGGCUACAAUGCGUGAAUCAGAACUCGAACCCGAACGGCAGACAGAAUCCGGGCCCGAGCUGCGGUGCGGCUGGGGCGCGCUGCGACCGUGCUGGCUGCAGCGCUUCAGGACCGCCAAAUGGGCGCUUUUCUGGCUCUGCUGGGCCGGCGCAGUUCAGGGUAUGGUGGUGAAUGGGUUCGUGAACGUGGUGAUCACGACGAUUGAGAAGAGGUUCGGACUGAGGUCUAUGCAGACGGGAGUUAUAGCUGGAGGGUAUGACAUGGCAUCCUUCAUCUGCCUGGCCCCAGUCACUUACCUGGGCGGGCGGCAGGGCGCCUCGAAGCCCCGCUGGCUGGGCUGGGGCGCCCUAAUCAUGGGCGCUGGCUCGCUCAUGUUCGCCCUACCACACUUCCUGGUGCCGCCCUAUAGGGCCGCCCAUAGGGAGCAAUUGGACGUCUGUCAUGGGAACAGUACCGUGUCUUCCUACCUCUGCGAAGAAAACGGACCAUCUGAAGGCGGGUCCUGGGCGGUGGCCAUCUUCGUUCUGGCUCAACUGCUGCACGGCGCUGGUGCCACGCCACUCUUCACUCUGGGAGUUACUUACAUUGAUGAGAACGUUUCGAAGAAGAUGUCAUCGGUGUAUCUUGGUGUGUACUACACAAUGGCGGUGGUGGGCCCAGCGCUGGGCUACGUGGUGGGCGGGCAGAUGCUCAAGAUCUAUACAGAUUUCGUUACUGUGGACUCCGAAGCUCUCGGCAUAACUCCAGUGAGCUCCGUGUGGAUCGGCGCGUGGUGGAUCGGGUUUCUGUUAUCAGCACUUCUCUGCCUUAUAGUGGCAGUUCCACUGUUGGCUUUCCCCUACGAGCUCCCAGGUGCCGAAGAAAUCCGCAACUCCAAAGUCUCCGAAGCUCACGACUCGGCCUCCAAAUCUGCCGCCUUCAGCUCUCUCCGAGAACUGCCUCGAGCGGCCACGGCGCUGCUCCGGAACCCCACGUUCUUGUUCCUGAACCUGGCGGGAGCCAGUGAGGGCAUGCUGAUCUCAGGAUUCGCCGCGUUUCUGCCCAAGCUGAUUGAGAACCAGUUCGCGGUUAGCGCGUCAGAAGCUGCUCUGUUGCUAGGUGUUAUCACAGUCCCUGCUGGCGGAGGUGGAACAUUCCUCGGAGGCUGGCUGGUCAAACGCUGGAACCUCGCUUGUGCCGGCAUCAUCAAGCUAUGCGUGGCCGCAACGUUGGUCGCUGCUGCCUUCACAUUUAGCUUCGUGUUGACGUGUGACGACUAUCCCUUUGCUGGGGUCACUGUGGCAUAUAACUCUCCUAGUGUGGCUGGCUCGGACCGAUUGUCCGCGGCCUGCAACGCCAACUGCGGGUGCUCCGGCGCGGCGUUCGCGCCCGUCUGCGGCGCCGACGGCGUCGUCUACUACUCGCCCUGCCACGCCGGCUGCAGCCAGGGCGUGCUGGCCGGGGUCGCUCAGCUAUACAGCGACUGUGCUUGCAUUGGCAAUGGGACUUCCUUGUACAGUAUUCCAGAUUCGAACGUGUCAGUCCCGUACGAAGCCAUCAACAGUAUCUGCAGCUCGUCCUGCCCGUAUCUGUGGCUGUUCGUGUUCCUUUCUUUCUGCGUCAUGCUGUUCACGUUCAUAGCUACCAUGCCUGCUCUUUCUGCCACACUGAGAUGCGUACGCGAAGACCAGCGUUCAUUCGCCCUCGGGAUCCAAUGGAUCAAGGUCCGUCUGCUCGGCACCAUCCCGGCUCCACUACUGUUCGGAUUCCUCAUCGACCUGUCGUGUUCGCUGUGGGCGCGGACCUGCGACCGCUCUGGGGCUUGCUUGCUUUAUGAUAACUACAAUAUGAGCAGGUACAUGCUAGCCCUAGCCCUCCUAGGCAAGCUCUGUUCUCUUCUCUUCUUCUUCCUAGCCUGGUGGUUCUACAGACCGCCGGGCGGCAAGACCGGCAACGCCGUCGUACCUUCAGUAGACCUCGUCGUCUGCGCCGAGAAGACCAACGGAGUUGCCAACGGUAAUGUUGCCAACAAUGUUGCCAACGGGGAUAAAGUGGGGAACGGGUAUUGUAACGCGGCGUUAGAGUGUAGUGAGCAUUUGUAAGAUAUUUGUAAAGGACUUUUUUAAGUAGUCUGGCCUGGUAUGGGCGUUAAGAUAUUCUGAUUUUGGCACCCCUUUAUACGGAUUACGGAUAGCCUUAGUGCUAUUUUAUACUGAAUUUACAUGCUCGUACUGAAUUUAUAUAGGUAAUGAAGGAAUUAUCAUAAUUUCCUCGAAACCCAAAAAAAAACCAUUAAACUUUGCUGGAAUAUAGAAUUUUGCGUUUUUUUAAAUAUUGAACAUACCUAUGAAUGUUAUCUUCGAGGGGUUGCUAGAUUUAGAUUUGCCUUGGCAAACAAGGUACAUUUAUUACAUAAAAUACCUAAUACUUAGGUAUCCAGUAUUUUAUAUUUAGGUAACCAGGUGAAUGGUAAUUUUACCCAUUUCCUUCCUCCUCCUUCCUCAUCCUCCUUCCUUCCCAUCUCUCAUCUUCAUCUUUCUUUCUUUUCUCAUCUUCCUUCUUGUUCAUCCUUUCGUUUUAAGUAGCUUUGCUCGGAAGUCGGUAUAAUUAGUCAAUUUUAUCGAUAAGUGGUAACAGUUCUAUUUAUUGUUAAAAGGUUUUUGAUUACUUGGUACUUACCAAUUGUAUCUACCAUGAUUACCAAAAGGUUCAUACCUAAAUUAAAACUAAAUACCAUUCGCAAAUUGUAUUAUACGUUAGUACCCUUUAGAAACUGAUAAAAAUGUGGGUAGUUUUAAAAUAAAAAGAUUAAAGCACUAUA